AUGCCAACACGACGUCUUCGUAGCCUGAGCAUCAAUUUACCAAACCCCAACUCGCCCACAUUACUAAGUCGCAGUUUUGCGAGCCUUAGACGACGCCGCGGGUCUUCCACUUAUCCUUCCACGCCCAACGCGAACGACCCAACGACGAACGAUCCCAACGUCGACGAUCCAAACGCCUUGACCAAUGUUCCCACCACGCACACCACAGACUCUGCUGCAGACGUCAACAGCACAACGUCAGUUCCAGAAGUGAGUCAACGCAUCCGUCUUGUGCCAAGCGUCGGCCUUUCGUCAAGGACCUUUGUUUUCGAUGUCGUUGACCGGGUGCUUCAUCCCGGCUCGGUACUCAAGAUAGGGCGAUACAGUGAAAGAAAUACGCUCGACAAUCGAUUAUCUUUCAAGAGCAAAGUUGUCAGUCGCAAUCAUGCAGAGAUGUGGAUCGAAGGAGAAAAGGUACUUAUCAAAGACAUUGGCUCCUCCAGCGGCACGUUUGUGAACCGUGUACGGCUGGGUCCAGCCAAUGUGAUGAGCUUACCGCACGUCGUAAAAGACGGUGAUAUUAUCCAACUCGGCGUGGACUAUCAGGGAGGGCUGGAACCCAUGUACCGAGCGGUGCGUAUCAAGGUCGAGCUUAAUCGAGAGGAGCAAACGCAAACCAACCACUUCAGUCGUGCAGCAUUUCAACAAUUGCGCCAUCAUUUGUUGACCGCGGUGGCGCCCCCCACCACGCAUCAGCAACACAUGGCAUCUUCCUUGGAAGCUCCAUCGACAUCCAUUCCGCACUUGGACGACCAUGCAAAAAAGCCCAUCAGCAUACAAAAAGGGGAACCCAUCAACAAUGCUACACUGGCCGUUCCCACCAAAAAAAUUACGACAGAACUGGCUCGACAUGGGUCACCCAUCACUGAGGCAGAUAUACAAGAAUGCUGCAUAUGCCUUUACGCCAUUGCACCUUUUCAAGCACUUUUUAUCGCUCCGUGUUCCCAUAUUUUUCACUUCAAAUGCCUGCGACCCAUUCUCUUUCAAAAUUAUCCCGGGUUCUCGUGCCCUUUGUGUCGCGGUUAUGCGGAUCUUGAAGAGUCGGUGGCGGUCGAAAUCCACGAUGUCAUUCAAGCCUUGGGAAUAUCAGAAAAAACCGAUACAUCAGAAUCAGCGUCUGGACGGCUUCCAUCCAUCAUCACGGCGCCCACAGAAGCAAUUGAUAUGGUCGCGGAUGGAGCUCAUUCGAGAACUUCGUACAGUUCAGUCUCCGACGAAUCGCAACCUUCAUCCUCCCGUUUGCAUGUAGCUCCCAAUGAAACUAUCUUCUCUUCGACCCUAGUGGAGACCCCCAUGCUGGAAGAGAUACCCCGAGAUCUCCAAAGACAAUCAUCAGAAUCAUCAUAG